UUAAAGGACCCAGGUCAGGAGUGUGAGGGCAGACUUGCUAGGUGAAUGGAGCGCCCAUGAGCUUCGACAAGGAGACACCUGCACCGGCCCUGGCCGGAGGAGAGCUGGACAUGGCUGGGUUCUGCGACGGCCUGGGCUCCUGCUCGGUCCCGCACGGCCUGACCCGGGCCAUUGCGCAUCCCCAGAGCUACGGCCGAACGGAUCUGGGCUCUGGCCGGCGCCUGUGGGUGAACUCGGCCGCGCUCAGCCCGGCGCCUUACGCGACAGGACCAGGACCAGCUCCAUCCUAUGCAGCAGCAGCUCUCGCCAUCCCGGGUUCACUCCUCAGCACUUCAGGCGGUCUGGCGGGUACCGACGUCGCGUGGCUGAGCCUGUCUGGACAGCAGGAGCUGCUAAGACUGGUACGGCCGCCCUACUCCUACUCCGCGCUCAUCGCCAUGGCCAUCCAAAGCGCGCCACUGCGCAGGUUGACGCUCAGCCAGAUCUACCAGUACGUAGCUGGCAACUUCCCCUUCUACAAGCGCAGCAAGGCUGGCUGGCAGAACUCCAUCCGCCAUAACCUGUCACUCAAUGAUUGCUUCAAGAAGGUACCCCGAGAUGAGAACGACCCAGGAAAAGGCAAUUAUUGGACGCUGGACCCAAACUGCGAGAAGAUGUUUGACAAUGGGAACUUCCGAAGGAAGAGGAGAAGGAGAGGGGAGACUAGCGAGGCCACUUUGCCUGGAGCCAGCAGCCCAGAGGGAGCUGCACUGAAACCCCAUGGCUCAGCUCCCCAGGACCCGCAGACAUCACCAUCCCCGCCUGCACCUGAGGCCUCCACUGCUUGCCUUUCAGGCUUCUCCACAGCCAUGGGAGCCCUGGCCGGGGGCUUUGGUAUCCUCCCUGAUAGUCUGGCCCACGACUUUUCUUUGCGAAGGCCACAAACCACGGCUGCCCACAGUCGUCAGAUUCCUAACACCACCUCGGGCUUUGCCCCAGGCCACCAGACAGGGGCUACUGGCUUUAGGGUGGGGCACCUCGUCUAUAGUCGGGAUGGGACUGAAGUUUGAAGGAAGACUGGAGACUGGCCAGGGGCUCUGUACCAACGCUGAGCUCAGGUUUUGAAUCAAUCCCUCCUGGGUGCUGCAUAGGAAAUGGCAGAGCUUCCUGUGUGGACUGGCUGAGGCUCGCUGUGUACCCAUCAACCAGGAGGGAAUAUACCCUCUUCUUAGGCGAUUUUUAGGACUCUGCCUAUAGAUUCAGCUCUGGGAUCUCUGACAGAGCGCC